CCUGGGUCAGUACUGCUGGACACACAGCAACCUUCACAGUCUGAGGACGGACGGACAGGAGGACAGACGGAGCAGACAGACGGCUCAAGAUGAAGCUUCUGAAUUUGCUGUUUGUUUUUAUCUUCAUCUGCUCAGUGAUAAGCUUCCCCUAUGAGAGGAAAUCAGAGAGGAAGGAGAAGAGGGUCCAGUACGCUGCUUGGGACGAUGUGAACGUUCUGGCCCAUGGCCUCCUGCAGCUCGGUCAGGGGCUGAAGGAACAUGUGGACAAAACGAAAGGCCAGAUGAGGGACGUCUCCGUAAAGCUGAAGGUCUUCAACAGCUCGGUGACCGAGCUGAGCAGACUGAGUCAGCAUCUGCAGGAGGACAGUGAGUUCCUGAAGAUGAAGGCUCAAAGCCUGGAGGAACGUGAGGGUCAGAUCCUGAACAUCUCCUCUGACAUGCAAGAGAAGGCUGAGGAGCUGUUGAGGGACAGGCAGAAGUUCCAUGAGAAGUUGAAUAAGCUGGAAGAGAAAGUGGACGGUAUGAUGCAGGGAGAAGGUCUGAACAUGGCCGGCGGAAACCACAGCGACACUCAAAUCAUUCAGUGGAUGCUCGAGGCACAAAAUCAGCGAAUUGAUGAGCUCGUGGAGCGAAUCAAACAACAGCAGGACAAACUGGACAAACAAAAUAUUCGCCUUCGGACUCUUCAGAGCCAGAUUCAAAUGAGAAGCGAGCGUCAGAAAGAGGACGAAACCCAGCAGAAUGAAAACGUGGAGCAGCGCGACUCUCCAGUCGCGCUGAGCUCUGACUGUCAUGAUCUGUUCCUGAGAGGAGAGCAAGCAAGUGGAGUUUACACUGUACAGCCUGCAGACUCGCUGCCCUUCGAGGUGUCCUGUGAAAUGACAUCAGAGGGCGGGUGGACGGUCAUUCAGAGACGGCAGGACGGGUCAGUAGACUUCGACCAGCUGUGGGAUGCGUAUCAGAGCGGCUUUGGAAGCCUCGACAGUGAGUUCUGGCUCGGCCUGGAAAAAAUUUACCAAUUGACCAAAGACAAAGACUACGUCCUCAAGAUCCAAAUGUCUGACUGGAGAGAUGACCACCAGACUGUCAAGUACCAUUUCCGUUUGAACGGAGUGGAAAGCAGCUAUUCCCUGCGCAUCCUGGCACCCUCUGCUGGACACUUGGAAAGUGCCUUGCCUUCAGAGUCCUCUGGUCUGGCCUUCUCCACCCGGGACAAAGAUAAUGACCAGAAAAAUGACCUUAACUGUGCCAAACAUCUCUCUGGCGGCUGGUGGUUCAGCAACUGUGGGCGAUCCAACCUGAAUGGCAGAUACUUUGUCACCGCUCCUCCGAAACAGCGGCACCAGAGGAAACAGGGAGUCUUCUGGAAAACCUGGCGUGGCCGCUACUAUCCGCUCAAAUCCACCAUCAUGAUGAUUGCACCUGCCGAAAUUGAGAACAAGUGAUAAGGAACUUUGGUUUUCUGUGACUCAGACCUGUCGAGACACUUCUGGUGUCCACUUUUAUGCCACCUGUCUUGCCAAAAGAAUGUAUUGGUGCUUAAAGACCUCUGUCCUCCAGGUCUUUAGUGUGUCUGUUAGAACCUUGAGGUUUGAAUGUGACUGAAGCUCUGAGGAGCCUCAACACCUGAACUCAAUCUAAUCCUGGGCUUUCUGAAACUGGCCUGCACUCGUUUAUUCAGCCUCAUUGAGCCUGCAGUCUAACAGGUCCAGACAUGUUUUAUGGGUGCAGGGCAGCAUCUGGAUCAGCAAUGUGUCUGAACAGAUCUGUAGGGAGGAGUUUUCUGAAGAUCUCUGAAAGGAGAUCUAACCCAGGCCACACUUUCAUGGGCUUGGCAAACGACAGCGGUAAACAAGAUUGUUUACAAAAUCCUCAUCUCUGAACGAUGGACCAAACAGACUGAGCCAGUAAAGUUCACUGUAAACGGCAUUAUUUAACAGCAUCAUGCACAAAACACUCAGUGUUAAUUACAGAUAUAUUAAAUCCCUGUGAGUCAUUUUAAAUCCCUGUCACAGUCUUGAUAUAAUAGUAUGUAAUGUAAGCAGAUCUUCACUGGAAUACAAGUUUAUCAGAGAUCAGAUGGUUUUAAUUCCUGUGGAGAGACGUUUCUCAGUCACAUUGACUGAACUUAAUGUUUCACAGCUGUUUCUAUUUUUCUUUCAAAUUCUGAAAUGGUGAUUGGUUUUGUUGUUAUUUUUUAUGUGUAGAGAUAAUAUUCAUCUUUGUAUUGCAGCUGUGGUCUUGGCUGUGAAAGGUUGUGCUGUAACUAUGCUUCUUUAUGCCACAUAAGUAUUGUACAGUUUUGCUUCUUUCUGAUUAUAAUUUAUGUUUCAGAGAAAUCAUUUUGUUAUCAUUUUUACAUCUGGUCUCAAAAUAGGCCAAUAAACUAUAUUUUUUAAA